AUGGAUAAAUGCAACGAAUGUAAAAUAUCUGCACAUGCAUUUAUCACAAUAAUACAUGAUGAAGAAAGAUUAAUGUCCUGGUUGAAAGACCACGGACUUAUUUUAAAAGGCAGAAACUGUCCUGGCUGUGGCGAGCCCUGCAAGUGUGUCCCAUUGAAAGGCGACUUUUAUUUUCGCUGCAGGUUGACGCACACUUUUGAAAAAAACAAAAAAAAAAUCACAAAAAAGUGUAAUUUUUUAGAAAGUGUGCGGGCAAACACAUUUUUCGCGGAAUCGCGUCUAAGUAUCCGGACCAUUUGCCUUAUUGUUUAUUACGAGCUUAUAGGAGUUGAGCCCAUUACAUCAUUUUUAAAAACUGAGCUCGCACUGACAUAUGAAACAAUUGUGAAUUGGCGCAGCUAUUUGCGCGAAGUAUUCCAGGAUUGGGCUGCGCAGUUGAAUAUUGGAAAGCUUGGUGGCGCGGGCAAGACGGUAAGAAUUGACGAAAGCCUUGUAUCUAAAAGAAAAAAUAACUGCGGACGGAUUAUCCAAGGCCAAUGGGUUUUUAGUAUCUACGAAAGGGAUACCAAAAGGAUAUACAUUGCCCCUGCCGAAAAGCGCACUAAAAACACACUACUUCACAUAAUAAAAGAGAAGAUCGAGGAUGGCACCACAAUCAUAUCCGACUGUUGGUCUUCAUACCGUUGUCUCAGCGAUGAAGCAUUUGAGCACCUGGCUGUUUAUCAUUCCAUGAGCUUUGUGGACCCAAUUACAAAAGCAAGCAGGGAUUCGAAUGAUGGGCUCUCAAAAAAAAACUCAACGGGAUAUCUGGCAACAUACUUCUUUAAGUCGCAUUAUCCCAAUCACACGGAGAGAUUUCACCAUGCCUUUGCAGCCAUUGCAAGGCUUUACAAUCCCUAUUUGGGCAGCGCAAGCAUCAAGCUAAACUGCAAAUAUGACGAGUAUGAAGACGAACUCGAUGAUCUCUGUUAAAUGCGUAGAUCAAAAAUUUAACCAUCACUUCGUCAUUCACAAUAACCACGUCAAAUCGAAAAUUCGAUAUUUCUAAUGAUUCUUCACUUGCACAUCUCAAAGCGUUGGCG